AUCAGCAACAAAACAUUUGGUAGGCCUCAGUAAAUACGAACACUUUACUGCUUCUUCAGUAUUUAUAACUAGGCAGACACCAUUAACGGUUUAAAACAGGGUUUGAAGGAUAACGACAAUGGUGACUUAUUUCAUUGUUUGCAUUCGUCCUGAGGAUAAGAAAAGAGACCCGCGCGUGAUACCUACAAACUAGCCGCUAGCCAAAGUUAAGCGAACUGGGACUUAGUGAUGAUUAGGUCAGAAGCUGUCAUGGGCGGUUUGGCUGGCAAAUGUUGGAAACCACAAUCUGAACUUUGUUCUCAUAAACACUCUUGGCUAAUUUGCAAGUGAUGAAAGGACUCCAAUUCAGCUGUACUUGGCCAUGGAGCAAAGAGAGGAAAAAGUGCUGGAGGAGAUCAUGCUCCGGUUACAUAGUGACGGCCUUUCUCCUCAGUCUUCAGCAGAAGAACGUGAGCGUCACCUGUGGCAUUUGCUCCAGUGCAGUGAGGGCAGCCUGACUGCAGCCACUGAAGACCUGCAUACUUUACGCACACAGCAGGCCAGCGAGAUGAGAGAGGUGGAAAAUUACGUGGAGCAUAUACGAAACAUGCUGGAGGAGCGGGAAUCUCUUACAGCGGAGUAUGAACGUGACAACGAACAACUCCGUACCGAGCUUGCGCUAAUGAAACACCAACAGGACUCCCAGUGUAAGGAGCUGGUGGAGAUGCUGGAGCAGGAGGGUCUAGCAGAAAUCAGUCAGAGCAGUGCCAGUGAGCAGGUGGCCUAUCUGCUGGUGGAGAGAGUCACUCUGCUGGAAAGACUGGAGGCUGCCGAGAGGAAGCUGGACACGCAGACCCUCACUGGCAACCUCAGAGAGGUGCAUCUACAGGAGGAGUUAGAUCAUAUUCGUCACACACUGGAAGAGGAACUCAGGCAGCAAAAGGAAAAUAUGAAUAAGGCCGACAGUGAGGAACUCAAUAGAGAGCACACAGAGCUGCAGAGGUUGGAGAGGGAUCUGGAAGAGGCCUCCAGUCGUCUUGCAAUGGCACAUAAAGAGAUUCGCCAUCUGACUGACGAGCUGGAUCUGGCUCGUAAAGUCCAGAACUUGUGUGUACCUGACCUGCAGAAAACUGGGGAGGAAGUGGAGCAGUUAAAACAGGAAGUGGACAAACUCAGACAGUGUGAUAUGGUGGAGCUGCAGAAGGCAAAGGAACACAAUGAAAGACUGGAUGGUGAGAUCAGAGUGCUGAGGGAUAGAGUUCGCACCUUAGACACAGAGAAGAGAACACUUCUUGAACUGGUUGAACAGUUGAAGAUGCACUCAAAUCAAGGAAUAAAAGUGACAUUUGAGCAUAAUAAAAUGCACUCUUCACAGGCUGUUGGGAGUAAUAUCAGUCAUGAUCAAUCACCAACUGAUGAGGACGAGAUACUCCACAAAAGGUGUCGGAGGGAGUCUGAAGAUAAGGACAGUCGCCUGCGAGAGCUAGAGAGGAGGUUGCAGAAGCAACAGCAGGAGCAUGAGGAGCUUGUGGAGAGGAAUGAAGAGCUGGAGGCGCUGCUGGGGGAGGCGCAGAAUGCAGCUAAAGAGGAGCAGGAGCGGCACGAGUGUGAGGUGGAGGGGUUACAGAGAAAAAUUGAAAGUAUUGAGGAAGAGCUGAAUAAGAGAAACACUCAAAAAAUUGUUAAGAAAGAUGAAGAUUGGUUUAAAGAGACUGAUUCUGAGCUCAAAGAAAGCAUUCAAGAGAGACUUAAGUUCCUUGAGGGCCGUCUUGUUGAGGAGAAAUGUUGGAGAAAACAGCUGGAGGUGGACUUAUCUGUAUCCAAGUCUGCUUUAAAAAAGGAGAAAGAGGUCAUGCACAGAGACCAUGAGGAGCUGAAGAGGUUACGUGUAGAGGUUCAGAGACUGGAGGGAGAAUGUCAACAAGGGAAGACACUUAACAAGAACCUCACACAGAUUAAAGGAGAAAAGGGAAUUUUGGAAGAAAAGGUGGCUCAGUUGGAGCGUGUUCAGACCCGACUCCAGGACAACCUGACUCUUCAGACAGAGAACAGCCGGGCUGAAGAGGAGCUGAGAGAGAGUAGGGGGCAGAUGGCAGAGCUUAAGACAGUGGUGGAAAAGCUGAGAACAGAAUUGACACGACUGGAGAAGGAACAUUGCACUCUAAGGGAUGAGCUGAUGGAGAAGCGUGGGCUUGUGAUGAAGCUACAGAGGGAGCUCAGUGAGAGAGCCCAUGAAAGGCUUCAGACUGAUGGGGAGAAGGAGAGACUCAGUUUGGAGCUCCUGCAUGUAAAACAGCAGCUCCAGAAUGCCAGAGAGCAGAUAUCCAGACCAUCAAUAGAGCACACGGCCAACCACAAACCUUCUUCAGAGGAUGAGGGGCUUUGUCAGCUGGCUUGUGUAAAGUCAGAGAUAAGUAAGCUACACUCUACCCUGGAGGAGGAGAGACAGCUGACUAGCCAACACCAGCUUGCCCUGCAAGCUCAGAUCAGUGAAGUUCAAGCCCGGGCUAAGGCUCAAGACUCACUCCUGCAGCAGAAGGGAGAGGAGAGCAAACAGCUGAGGCAGGACCUGCAGAGAACCCAGAACCUCUUCACCUCUGCUGAGCGUGAGCUUCGCUAUGAGAGAGAGAAAAAUCUAGACCUUAAGAGGCACAAUGCACUCCUAGAUCAAGAGAAGAUCAAGCUAUGUGCAGAGUUGAAGCGGUCCCAGGCCAAAGUAGCCCAGCUGGAGGGAAGUACAGCAGGGCAGGUGGUAGAGCUGGCGAAACUACAGCAGAGGGCCAGAGAUCUGGAACUGGAGGUGGUUAAAAGCGGUCAGAACAAACAGACUAACAGCAGCUUGAUGGAGGAGCUGAAUGCAGAAAGGGCACACGUGAUUGCUACAGACAAGAAGGUUGUAGAACUGCAGCAGCAGCUGAAGAACACUCUGCACCAACUGCGUCUGGAGCAGGCCAGAGCAGGAGAGUCCAGCAAACUGGAGAGAGACACAAGAGACAUGUCUGAUAACCUGUCUGCCUUCAGAGCCAAACUGCAAGAGGAGCAACUCCAGAGGAAAUUACUCGAGCAGAAAGAUGAAGAACUCCAACAGCAAGUGCGUUCAUUGCGGACGAAGGAGGCAACUCUGACACGCACCAACUCGGAGUUGUCUCACCGCACACAGGAGCUGGAGACACGACUGAAGGUGCUGGACAGUGAAUUCAACACGGCCAAAGAGGAGCAGAGAAUUAAUCAAAAGAGCUGCCACAGGCUGGAGGAGCAGCUCCUGUCAUCCCAGCAUGAGUCUGAAAGACUGCAAGAGGAAUUGAAGCAAGUCAUUCAACAACUCGACUCUAACAUCAGGAAAUACAAUGAGAAACAGUCUCAGCACAAAACCAAGUUGCAUAGAGCCAAACAGAUGUUCACGAAGACAGUAACUCAACACAAGCACAGGAUCCAGAAGCUGGAGAAUGAUCUGGCUCUUGCCACAAGUCUUUCAGAGAAAGAGAAGGACUGGAUUAGGACUGUGACGGAAGAAAAUGAACAGCUUCUCCUGGAAAGACGAGAGCUUAUGCAGAGAAUAAGUGAGGCAGAGGAGAUGGGAAAUAAUGGACUGAGAACAGCCACUUCAGUCCAGCAGAGGGUUAAAUUCUUAGAGAUGGAGAAUAAACAGCUGCAGGAAAAAACCCUCACACUGGCCAAUCAAAUAGGAAUUCUAGACCGUGCUUUGAGAAACCUUCAGUCGCUGUGUACGGUUGAGGAGGUCAAAAAAAUGUUUCCUUCUGGAGCUCAUCCUGAUGGCCUGUUGCGGACAUCAACUCCCAGUCCAAAGCCUGGACUCUGUGACUCUUGGGGAAUAUUGGAUGCCAUUCGCAAAGUCAAAGAGUGUGAGUCUGGAAUGAAGAGCCUGGAGAUCUCUUCGCCUGUGCAUGUUUCACAGUCCUCUGAGUUAGGAUACCUGAAUGUGACCUCCUCUGUGGCUCCCAACACCAGAUUAGAGCAGGAAGAGAGUCUCAGUGCCACCAGUGAUGAAACAUAAGAGAGUUUCAGUGUCUUUGUGAAAUGCCAUUACAGACUUUGCCAACUGUAAAUCUGAAAAACCACUGGAUUAAUUUAAGAUGUUUCGGACUGUGUUUCAUGUUUUAAAGGGAUCGUUCACCCCAAAACUAAAAUUGUCAUGAUUUACUGAUCCUAAUGUCAUUUUAAACCCAUAUGACUUUCUUUCUUCAUCAAACUCUAAAGGAGUUAUCUAGCAGAAUGUCCAAGCAACACUUUUUGAAACAAUAAAAGUGAAUGGGGACUAUUUAAUGAAAAAAGGGUGGCUUUGACAUUCUGCUUAAUAUCUCCUUUUUUGUUCCGCACAAGAAAGUCAUACAGGUUUCGGAGGGGGGUGAAAAAACUAUGACAGAAUUUUCACUUCCGGGUAAACUACCGUAACCCUGUACGUCUGAAUUUUAUUUCCAGAUACUUUAUUAUUUUUUUUAACAGGAGUGUAAAGACAUGAAUUAUUACACAUGCUCAUUACAGCUGGGUUGAAUUAAUUUGCAUAACCUUUGUGGCUCACAUCGAGUCUGUGAUUGAGAUGUCUUGAGAUUUUUGCUAUGGUCAAAAUAGCAUUGACAUUGGUCAGUCCUGUUAGAACAUUUGUCCAGAGGCCAGGAAAAUUAUACAUUUACUGUGGCAAAUCUGUUAGAUGCCAUAUAUAAUUUUUUUUAUACAUUUGCAUUGUGUGGUACAUUUACCAAAUGGGACAUUUAUGGAGACGCACUUAAAGAACUUUUAAUCUGAUGUUCAGAUGGUACAAUCUGCAUAUGUUUACGAUUGAAAUGCACUAUUGCCUUUUUGAUAAGCAGUAAGUAUUGUAAACAGAGUUUUUGUUUUAGUGAGAUAUGGUAAAUUGCAAAUGCAGUUUAACUCCUUGUAUUUGUCAUCAGUCAGUCCACACGAAGAUGGACAUACCUGUUUGUGACAAUAACUGUGUGACAAGAGUUCACUGUUUAAAGACAAAAGCUAUAAAGCUUACUUUUGUUAUAUCUUUAUAUCUUCUUUCAGGGGUUAGUUGAUAUCAUUUGUAGGUUGUGGCUUCAUUAGUGUUCAGAGCUAAUUUUCACUGUUUUGUUUACUGAUAAAGUAAAAACUGCAAUCAUUAAAUUUCUUAAUAUGUAUUAAACUCAGGCCUAUACUUGUGUAAUAUAGGUCAUAAGUACUACAAAUGGUGUGUUUCAGAGGAAUAAUUUAUCACAGAUAAAAACAACCGAGCAAAAAAUAAAACAUGGAGCUUGUUUCAUUAUAGGCCCUGAGAGCAUUAUCAGUCUUAUGGUGUUGUCUUUACUUAUAGGAUGGGUUCUCUAUUUAACAGGGUGAAUAUAAAUAGUUUUUAUAAUAAGUUUGAGUUUUAUAGAUUGUGUUCUGUUCCAUGAUUUCUUUGCACUCCAUUUUCUUUGUAGUCCUCAGAGACUGAAAUAACCUGUGAUCAGGGAGCAAAGUCAUCUGAAGUAUUGUAGUAUCAUUUUAAACUGUGGCAAAGGGAUCGAGAUCCUGUAGGAGUGCCUGUACAUUAUGGGAGCAUUGUGUAUUGUAUCCUGCUGCUAUAUUAAAUCUUAGGAUGCAACUUUCAAAAUAUUCAUAUAGGGCUCAUGUGGAACUGCAAAUGACAUCAGCGUACAAGGUACGCAUUGACAAAGCGUGUAUUUUCCUAAUAAACUUAUU